AUGAAUAUUCACUAUGGUAGGUUUUUAUAUCAUGAAAACCACUUAGUACGCAUUGUUAAAUUGCCUCUUGCCUGUGAUUCUGACGAUUUGGAUAUGAUUAUUAUUCUUCCAAAAAGCCGCUUUCAUUUGAAUGAUGUAGUACGUUAUUUGGAAGGAAAAGACUUGAUCAUUCUUGUGCGCACAGCUAUUCCAAACCAUAUGGAAGUCAGAUUUGUACGAGUACCAGAAUUCCAAAUUGAACAAACAAUGGAAAUGAAAGAAUUACUGAGUGAAAGAUAUCUAACAGAAACAUUUACUACAGAUGCUAAUUUCACGAAUUACUUCUUUCAUUCUGUUCCUAUUUCUCAGAUAAUUUAUAAAGGUUCCAUUGAAGUGAGUGAUACCAUCAUAUUUUAA